AGUGCGUGAGAGAGUGGGAGGUAUAUUGGCCGCCUAGCGUCGUCAUCGUCACCGUCAUCGACAUCGACGACUGUGCGAACGUCCGCUGGCGUCCUUGUGUGCCGGAGUGGGAGCGGCGUGUUUACGCCGGGGACGAGGAUACCGCACGGGAUAAGAAGCAAGCAUGUACUCCAAGGGUAAGGGCUCGUCGGUGCCCUCGGACAACCAAGCCAGGGAGAAAUUAGCUUUAUAUGUAUAUGAAUACUUGUUACAUAUUGGUGCACAGAAAGCAGCACAAACAUUUUUAUCUGAGAUUCGAUGGGAGAAAAAUAUAACGCUCGGGGAGCCUCCUGGUUUUCUUCAUUCUUGGUGGUGCGUGUUUUGGGACCUGUACUGCGCAGCACCUGAGCGCCGAGAUUCUUGCGAACACAGCAGCGAAGCCAAAGCUUUCCACGAUUAUGGAUUCGUAAAUAGCGGAUAUGGAGUUAACGGAAUUGCGCACAAUGCUGGACCGGCACCCUCGCCUCUUGGACAGAUGCCUCCAAAUGACGGUAUGCCUGGCGGUCCAAUGCCACCUGGUUUUUUCACCAACAACUCGACAAUGCGACCAUCUCCGCCCACUCACCCUUCAUCACAGCCAUCUCCCCAGCACCCCCAGCCACCCCCGCCCCCACACUCGCAGAUGAUGUCCACCCAGUUCAUGGGUCCAAGGUAUCCUGCAGGGCCUCGACCAAACGUUCGUAUGCCACAGAUGGGAAAUGAUUUCAAUGGACCACCAGGUCAACCGAUGAUGCCUAACAGCAUGGACCCAACGAGACAAGGCGAAGCUGGAGAAUUUGUAGGGUGGCAAGGCUCGCCUGGCAUGAACCCGAUGAAUCCUCGAAUGAACCACCCGAGGGCUGGACCGGGCGGCAUGCCGCCGAUGGGCCCUGGCACAUAUGGACCCGGACUUAGAGGCCCACCACCCAACAGCAACCUGGCGCCCGGUGGUCCUGGUGGCACCGGAAUGCCGCCCAUGAGUAUGGCGGGGCCUGGAGGCAGGCCACAGUGGCAGCCAAACACAUCGACACCAAUGAAUUACUCGUCGUCUUCGCCUGGGAAUUACGGCGGGCCUCCGGGUUCAAGCGGACCUCCGGGACCUGGCACGCCGAUAAUGCCUAGUCCCCAAGAUAGUAGUAAUAGCGGUGGCGAGAACAUGUACACGAUGAUGAAACCAGUACCUGGAGGAAACAUGCCUGGCGACUUUCCAAUGAGCGGCGGCCCGGAGGGUGGGCCAAUGGGGCCGAUGGGCCCCAACACCAUGGGUCCGGUACUAAAUGGUGACGGCCUCGAUGGUAUGAAAAACUCGCCAGCGAAUGGCGGACCAGGCACACCGCGAGAGGACAGUGGCAGCGGCAUGGGUGACUAUAAUCUAGGUGGCUUCGGUGGACCUGGCGAAAAUUUUUUUUAAAAGAAUCGCAACCAGGACGCAACUUGCGGAGGAACACGUCUGUAGAAAACGAAAAAUUGCAGGAACAAUGAGAAAAAGAGAAAGAGAGAGAGAGAGAGAGAGAGAGAGAGAGAGAGAGAGUGAGGGAUUUAGCGAAACUAAAAGAAAAUGGUCCAUGUCCAAUUAAUCCCCCUCUGAAUUACAAAUGAAUUAUGCACAAAAUAUAACACAAGCAAACAAAUGAGUGAGAGCCAUUCUUUUUUUAAUGAUUGUUGUCGCGUUUUUUGAUGAACGAAUGAAAACCAUCUCAUAUUACUUAAUGCAUUUGUUGUCCGUUGCACCUACCCGCUUAAAGGUUAGGUUAAUUUAAGUCUUUUUUACUACACAGGAUUUGUUUAUUAAUUAAAAUUACUUAAUUUGCCAAUAUCGCCAUACAACACUAUGUAUUAUGCUUUACUAAUACUCACAAUGUUGCAAACUAGGCCUCGAUGUCUCUUACAUUAUCAAUUUUUGUAAUUGAC